UCCCAUCUCUCUCAUCUCUUCUAUUUACUGGAUCCGUUGUCCAAAGCGCUCAUCCGCACAUCUCGACCACGCUCUGGCGCCUCAAGUAAAUACUUGUUUGGGCACCAUGAACUUUUACAAAUCUGCAGCUCUCGCGCUCGACCAUCUUGAUAAGCACCAGGGAUCAGUAAAAGGGUCUUUGGCAGCUGCUGGUGUGAAAGCUUCAGGCGCUGAAGCCAAGCGUAUAUUAGCAUUGAUUAUCGAGACCCUCAAAUAUCGUCCUGUCCUCCAACAACUGCUUAAGACGGUCCCCAUCCUCGCACUUGAACGUACCACUUUCCCUUCCCGCACGCCCGCCAAGACCCCGACUUCACAAUCUCUCGUCCUCGUACUCUUACACGAUCUCCUCUUCUCAUCUAGGUCUCGUAUCGAAGCGUCCGAUAAAUGGCCACCCAAACCCGCUGUGAUGCGUCACCAAGCGAGGUUAAAGGCUGAACUUGUCAGAAUCCAAAUCAGGGAAGGCAAGACGAAAAAGGAAGACUUGGCAAAGACAAGUGGUGAAGGAGAGGCUGUGAGAUAUAUCCGAUAUAACCCCAAUGCAGGGAGACCUUUUGAAGAGCUCGGGGAGUAUCUGAAGAAGAAGGGAUAUACAAAGCUGGAUGAGCCUGUUUAUCCUAUACCUGAAGGAAAGUACUUUGCCGACCCGCACCUGUCAGACGUGUUGUUAGCCUUCCCAGGUUCAGCCAAUUGGUGGGUAAAUGAUGAAUGGUACGAGGGCGGAGGUGUAAUCCUCCAAGACAAGGCGAGUUGUUUCCCGGCUCGGGUUUUAAUGGAAGGAUGGGUGGAAGGUGAAGGAGAGUGUUUGGACGCUACGUCUGCACCAGGUAACAAAACUAGUUACGUUUCGGCUUUGAUGGCGAACAGGGGCAAACUCCAUGCAUUUGAGCGCUCUCCCAAUCGAUUCAAGACUCUUGAGAAGAUGCUCGAGAAAGCCCGCUGCUCCAACGUACAAGCUCAAAGAGCUGACUUCACAGACACUGAUCCUAAAAGUAAAGAGUUCAAGAAUGUCACACGCAUAUUACUUGAUCCGAGUUGUUCCGGUUCGGGGAUCGUCAACAGGUUGGACUAUCUCGUGGAUGACGAUGCCGAGGAAUCAGAUUCGAAAACAGAACGUCUAGAGAAGUUGGCGAGCUUCCAGCUUCAAAUGAUCCUUCACGCUUUCAAAUUUCCGUCAGCUCAACGGAUUGUCUAUUCCACAUGCUCUAUCCACCCUGAGGAAGACGAGCGUGUCGUCAUGGCGGCUCUGCAGUCGAAUACUGCCAAAGAGAAUGGAUGGGGUCUGGCAAGUCGAGAGUCCGUUCUACCCAAAUGGGAGAGAAGAGGAAGGCCUGAGGAAAUGGAAGGAGACGAGGAACUCGCCAACGGCGUGAUUCGGUGCCUUCCAGAAGACAAGACUAACGGAUUCUUCGUCUCAUGCUUCAUGCGUGGUGACACAGGCAUUCGACCUAAGGCCACAAAGAAAGCAAAGGAUCAACGACCACCCAAGCGUCCACUAAUAGAGGAACAGGAGGAGAUCGCUGAAGAAAAAGGUUCCCCUACUGUUGCUGUUGAUGAGGAGGGUGGCGAACAAGCUGGAAAACAAGACAGGCUGGCCGCGAAUAUCCCUCGGAAAGAAAAGACAAAAGCUCAGUUGGAGAGGGCUAAACGCAAGAAAGCUCAGCAGAAAGUUAAGGGGAAGAAGCGCAAGGUAGAGUUGUAACUGCUGACAAUGCAGUUGCUGCUAUUGAGAAUUGCUCGCUUUUGAUUUGAGCAAUGUCUGUUUAUCUGCAGUAUCGGCAUUCGGGAGAAGCAUGUAUGUGCAUUGUUGAGU